AAUGCUGCUGUUCUUGCUGGUUGUGCUGCUUGUCGCCGCGGGAUGGAUCGUCCAUCUUGGCCAGGCCGAUCGCCGCCGCAAAGUGGCCAAUUUGCCGGGACCCGUGUGUCCGCCCCUCAUUGGCGCCCUCCAACUGAUGCUCCGUUUAAACCCAAAAACCUUUCUGAAGUUGGGUCGUGAGUAUGUGACCAAGUAUGGUCACCUCCAGCGAGUGUGGGUCUUCAAUCGCCUGCUGAUCAUGAGUGGCGAUGCGGAGUUGAACGAGCAGCUGCUGAGCAGCCAGGAGCACCUGGUAAAGCAUCCUGUCUACAAGGUCCUUGGUCAGUGGCUGGGCAACGGAUUACUGCUCAGCGACGGAAAAGUGUGGCACCAGCGCCGCAAGAUCAUCACGCCCACGUUCCACUUUUCGAUCCUCGAGCAAUUCGUGGAGGUGUUCGAUCAGCAGUCGAACAUUUGUGUCCAAAGAUUGGCGCAGAAGGCGAAUGGCGAGACCUUCGAUGUCUACCGGAAUAUUUGUGCAGCCGCAUUGGACAUUAUAGCCGAGACAGCCAUGGGCACUAAGAUAUAUGCUCAGGCCAACGAGAGCACACCCUACGCAGAGGCAGUCAAUGAAUGUACUGCCUUAUUGAGCUGGCGAUUCAUGUCGGUUUACCUGCAAGUGGAAUUGCUUUUCACUCUCACCCAUCCGCACUUGAAGUGGCGCCAGACGCAGCUCAUCCGCACAAUGCAAGCCUUUACCAUCAAGGUGAUCGAGCAGCGUCGUCAGGCUUUAGAGGAUCAGCAGAAGCAAUCCCGAUUGGCGGAUGCCGCGGACGAAGAUGUGGGCUCCAAGCGACGGAUGGCUCUGUUGGAUGUCCUGCUGAUGUCCACUGUUGAUGGCAAGCCACUGACCAACGACGAGAUCCGCGAGGAGGUGGACACCUUCAUGUUCGAGGGCCACGAUACCACCACAAGUGCUCUGUCCUUUUGCCUGCACGAGCUUUCGAGGCAUCCGGAGGUCCAGGAUAAGAUGCUGGAGGAGAUCCUGCGGGUUCUGGGCAACGAUCGCAGCAGAGCAGUCAGCAUUCGAGAUCUCGGGGAGCUCAAGUACAUGGAGUGCGUCAUCAAGGAGUCGCUCAGGAUGUAUCCACCAGUGCCGAUUGUGGGUCGCAAACUACAGACUGAUUUUAAGUACACGAAUUCUGUGUACGGAAAUGGAGUUAUCCCAGCGGGCUCAGAGAUUAUAAUAGGCAUUUUCGGAGUCCACCGUCAACCGGAGACCUUCUCCAAUCCAGAUGAGUUCAUCCCAGAGCGCCACGAAGACGGAAGUCGCGUGGCCCCCUUCAAGAUGAUACCUUUCAGUGCCGGACCGCGGAAUUGUAUUGGCCAGAAGUUUGCCCAGCUGGAGAUGAAGAUGAUGCUGGCCAAGAUUGUGAGGGAGUACGAACUCCUGCCAAUGGGCAAGCGGGUGGAGUGCGUCGUCAACAUCGUCCUGCGAUCGGAUACCGGCUUUCAGCUGGGAAUGCGCAAGCGCAGCACUACAUGAGUAUUCAGGAUUAUACAGGGACUUAUAUAUUAAAUUGUUUUUAUUUCUACUGACUA